UUUGUUUGAUUCCAUUCCAUUGAGACCUCUCGUUUGGAGGAAAGAAUAUCAAUCAUCAAUACUCUCUCUCUCUCUCUCUCUCUCUCUCUCUCUCUCUCUUUCUUUUUGCUUUCAAUUUUCACUUCGAAGUUCAGCAAAAAUGCAUUUCUGCAACGCCAAUUUUGCUUCUUCCUCUACCAUUGCCACUGCGGUUCUUCCACUUCCUUCUCCAAAGCUUGCUUGUUUCAGGAUUUCGCACCGGAGAACUCAUCGGAGUUCCGUUUCCAGUUCAAUGUUUGAGUUUAUGCCGCGUAGACAUCUUAGAGUUUUGCCGCCGAAUUUGAGUAAUCGUCAGAGUAGCAAUGCAUCGACUGAUUUAGACGUUCCGUUUCCUCGCGAUUAUUCUGAUCUUCUCAAUCAGGCGAAAAAAGCAACUGAAGCCGCUUUAAUAGACAACAAACAGUUGAUGGAGAUCGAAUUUCCAACUGCUGGUCUUGAAUCAGUUCCAGGUGACGGCGAAGGAGGAAUUGAAAUGACUGAGAGUAUGCAAUUGAUUCGCCAAUUUUGUGAUUGCUUCAUAGAUCCACUGAAAGCCACUCGCACCAGAGUAACUGUUAGUAUUAAAGAGAACCAUAUUCAGUUCUUUCCAGAGGCCAACGAAGUUAAAUUUGCAAGAAAUACAGCAUUUGAAGGAGUUUCAUUCAAGUUGGACUACCUCACAAAACCAUCAUUUUUUGAGGAUUUUGGUUUUGUUGAGAAAGUGAAAAUGGCUGACCGUGUGAAACCUGAAGAUGAGCUUUUUUUGGUUGCAUAUCCAUAUUUCAAUGUCAAUGAAAUGCUUGUGGUUGAAGAGCUUUACAAGGAAGCUGUCCAAAACACUACACGAAAACUCAUAAUAUUUAACGGAGAGCUCGACCGCAUUAGAUCCGGCUACUAUCCGCCAUUUUUCUAUCCAAAGCUGGCGGCUCUCAUGAAGACUCUCUUCCCCGAGAUGGAAACUGUAUAUUACAUUCAUAACUUCAAGGGCCAGAAAGGAGGAGUUCUUUUCAGGAGCUACCCAGGUCCUUGGAAAGUGCUUAGAAAAGUGAGAAACAAAUUCGUGUGCGUACAUCAGCAAGAAGAAAUGCCUUCUCUCAAGGAAGUUGCUCUAAACAUUCUUCCAUCUUCUUAAGGGUCAAUUAUAUUAGUCGAUAUCCUUGUUUAUUGUCAUGUGAAGAGGAUGCUUUGUUCCUUCACAUCAAAGUCUCUUCUCUGGUAAAAUACUGCAUCAAUAUAAUCUGUAUAUACUUUCUAAAUAUUUAACAUCCAUAAAAUUGUUGAAAUGCCUAAAAACCGACGUAUUAAGAAACCCUUUUUUCACUUAAUAUUAAGACCAAUUUCACCUCAUCCCAACGUGUUUUCCACUACCUAUUUUCCAAAGACGAACUAACCUAUUAAGAAAAGUUUACUAGAUUGUUCAAAAUUUAAACACCAGAAUGAAGAACAAAUUAAACUUGAUAAACUAUAAAACAUAGUUACAAACCCAUAAAUUGUUCAAAAGAUUAUUUGUUCCAUAAACUGUAAAUCCACCUACUAAAAGGAUUUUUUUUUUGUCCUCUUGUAUUCUUCUUUCUAGCUUCAAUUCCUUUGUGCAACAAACCAAACUAACUCUCUAGUUCCUAAUAAGUGAAAAACAACCCAGCCUUAUCUCUAGAAAGGUAAUAGAAGAUAGAGCAGCCAGUAGCUCUUUUUUUCUUUUUUCUCUAUUUUCUAUUUUCUAUUUGCUAUUUUUUUUUAUAUAUAUAAUAUAUAUGGAGAAAAAAUAUAUUUAUAUAUAUGAAACAAAGGCUAUAUAAAUGGAGGUUUUUGGAGAAGAGAAGAAAACAAUGAAGGAGUGGAGAAAAGAAAUGAGUGUGUAGGAGGAAGAAGGAAGAAGGAAAAAUAAAAAUGCAUAAUAAAUUCAAUCAGAUGGAUAAGAGUCUAAAUUUGAGGGUAUGGCAGAGGAGAGCUGAAUGUGAGAUACUCGCACUGCUCCAAUUAAUCGCUCCGGUAAUUCUUCUGUUGUAUUUGCCUACAUUUUUUUUAAAACAUACCCCCACACAAACACCAAUUAAUUAAUUCAUUCAUUCUUUUCCUUUUAA